UUCUGUGCGGUCUCACCCGACCAGAUAGUUACGACUUGACCAUCGUACGCGAACACCGUUAAGCGGCUUCUUUUUCGAGCGUCGAAUGUAAACGGGUACACCGUACGACUGAGUCCCAUACAUUUUGAGAAAUAACUGCCGAUUUUUGGUUCGGUUUGUGCUCCUCGUGAAUCAAAACUUGGACAGCCGGCGCUUGUGGAAAAGAUCGGCCAGCAUUUUUUGUUCGUGCAUUUUACUCGCCUGACAUCUGUCGCCGGACUAACGGGCGUCCGGUUCGAACCAUGGUGGAUCGGUCCUAAUUGAUGAUUUUCGGAUUUAUUUCGCACAAAUGAAAGGCAACAUGGACGACGAGACGGCAUUCGUCGCGGUAACGCCGCCGCCACUACCGCUCAAAACCAAAGCGGCUCGUUCCGGAAACGCAAACGAAAAAUUGACGCGGUCCAUCAGCGGCUCAUGUUCCCCACUUCAGGAAUCGUCGUCUUCGUCUUCAACAACGGCCGCUAGGACAACGGUAAAUCUAAAUUCCGUUGACUUCCACAUUCCUACGUCGUUUGAAGAGUUGAGUUCUCGCGGCACGAAGAACAAACCGCACGUAGUGAAGAUCCUGAUCAAUCCGGACGAGACGAGAUUGUUAAGGGACGACGAGGAGGAAGAAUCGAGAAGGGUGGUGAUCGGUGAUGUGUCGCGUUCGCCCUGUAUACGAAUAUCCGUAAACGCGAACAAUAAUCCAGAGUAUACGAAUCACGGGAACAAUAUGGUCGAUGCGGUGGUAGGCAGGUCGAGCCCUUAUUAUUUUUUUAAUCAGUUCAGUGGCGUGAUGUCAAGCGGGCAGGUGAGCCCCAGCGACACUUUGGAUUCGGGGACGUGCAGCGAUUUGGACGGCACGCCGCCGCCCCUGCCGAAGAAAAAGGGCGGCUCCAGUGUUUCGGUUACGGUUAUCGGUACUCACAAGAAAACAAAGAGUUUGAGUAGCGCAACAGAAAUCGACACGGACGAUACCGAAAGCAACAGCAGCAGUAUCAGUUGCGAUUCUUUGAAUAGUGGCAAGUUAUCGCCUCUUGCCAACAAAUCUGCAUUGCGUCUCUCUAAGGACAAGACUUCUAUCCUGCCUCAGACUUUACUCCAAGAUAUUCGAGAGAGAAAUCAUGUCAAAGACCCUUGCAACGGUAAUCAUAUCGUCGACGAAAAGUCGUACGAGGAUAGGCAGAAGGAGUCCAAAAUCGAGCUCUGUACGGAACCGAUCAAUCCCGACAUGUUCUACAAGUUCCAUUUGAACGAGAAAGAUCCCAGCGAUAUCGUUGUGCCCUUAAAUUCGGUAGUUGAGGAUGAAACAUUUGCAGGCUACAAGGACUUCUUGGACGACGGAGCAGCGACCAUACGAAGUGCCAGAGGAACCGUUCGAGGAGUGAAGAACCGCGUAAGGGCCGGUAUUGCCACCUUUUUGCAGAUCAACACCACUGGAAAGAACUACAAGGAAAAGGAUGCAGGGAAGGUGGUUGUUUACACUACCACAAUGGGAAUAAUCAGAGAAACUUAUCAGGCUUGCACAAAAGUCAAGCAGAUAAUGAGGACGCACUUGGUCAAAUUUGAAGAACGAGAUGUUUUUAUGAGCACCGAAUAUCAGACUGAAAUUAGGGAACGAAUGCAAUGUGAUCACAUUUUAGUGCCACAAGUAUACGUCGAUGGUCAACAUAUUGGGGAUGUCGAAACUAUUGAGAGGUUAAACGAAUCUGGAGAGUUACGAAAGUUGUUGAAGCCAUACCGGAGCCCAGACGCGUGCAGCACAUGUCAAGUAUGCGGGGGUUAUCGACUUCUCCCCUGUCACGUGUGCAACGGCAGCAAAAAAUCCGUCCAUAGGAACCAUUUCACGACGGAGUUCGUCGCGUUAAAGUGUAUGAGCUGUGAUGAAGCUGGACUGAUUAAAUGUACCGCGUGCACCUAAUGAUCGGGACUCCUUGCGCAACCCGUUUCUUUCGUUUUCAGUACUCGAUCGUCUGUCUAGAGGGUCCCGGUUUGUCCCAUAGCGGCUUGACCGAAAAUUACUUUGAUAUCUCAUUAGACAAGCGCAAUUUUUUAAUAUUAGUUUUACGCUGACAAUUUUUACAGGAUGUUAAUUCGCGAACAAACUGACGAGUGUGAUGCAGGACGUUUUCAUUAAUUUAUUCAGGAAAUAGACUUUGUUCCAAUCUAAACAAAACUAAACAACAGCAGAUUUUUGCUUCAAUUAAUUAAUGCCAACCGAAAAGCGUAAUCACAUUAUUAUAACACAUUAACGCGAUAAUCUAACCAAUUUUUACCAUAUCCCAUAAAACAUAAUUAUAAUUAGCGUUACGGAACAAUAAAAAACAAAUUUUGCUAAUUGACUUGUACAAAUUCGUCCUUAAAAGUAUCAAUUAUUACUCGAAGUACCAACUUGUGAUACUAAUGAGGAAAUAGUGGAUUGCGAAACUGUAGGCUUCAAAGGUUUUAUCUGAUCUGAUUCAAGGUCCUUUUUACACUCUUUUCUGAUCAAUUUUAACCCAUCUUUAUUUUCAUUUUCUAGACCUUUCAAGACCUUCUUUCAAUGUUAGGAAGGAAAUGAAAAGGAUAGUAUUUCUUUUUCCUAUUAUUUCUUAAUUUUUAAUUCUCUGUAGAAGAGAAUGGGACUUAAAUAUUUUAACUAAAUAUGGACUAUUAUGAAUAAACGCUGUUCCAAACCAACAAAAACAGACAAACAUAAAACUAAAUACUAUGAGUUGGUUGAACCGGUAAAUGUCAAUGUCAAAUAAAUUGACGAAGCUCGUCCCCAAAGUAGUCAGUAUCCUUCGUCUAGAGCUUCAUGAAUUUAUUGUCAGUGUAAAACUAAUAUAAGGAAAUCUUGCCGACGUUAGCAACUGGCAACCUCAAAACCGCAUUUCAUAGUUACAUCUCAAUGGAUACAAACACUAAGUAACACUCACUUUGAAUUGUGGUUGCAGAUUGGUGAAAUUGCUAUUGAGGUUUAGAUGGAAUCUAUAUCGUUGGGUUUUGCGGAUACGAAAAUUGUGACAGACAUGUAGAUUUAGGGUUUGAUCAUGCAGAGUAAUAAUUAUUAAAGCGUUACAAAAACACUGUCUGCAAUUAUCGACUAUUAUUAUAUAUGUUAUAUAUAUUAUAGUUCUGAUGAGGCGGAAUUCCCUAGGACAUUGGAGGUAACUCAAAGUUACAAUAAUUUAAUGUUCGAAACAAAGUGACAACAAAACAAUAAUUUUGGUAAUGUCCCCAAGUAAAACCGCGUUGACCUUGAAAAUUUUUAAGUAAUAGAUUUUUUCUUCUGUGAUUAAUUCGAAACCAAUAGAAUUUAAUUUAUCAUGUUUAACUCAGUCUUUAAAAAUAUUUUAACACAAAACUCCUUUCCGACAAUGGCGAAUGCUCCGUAUUAAUCUUAUACUAUGGAUUUCUUACUCAAAUUUGCUCAAAAGUGCGAUGUGUCGUCUCUUUAAGUUGGAUAAAUGAUGAUCGAUGGCCACAUGAUAUCGUUGGAAAUAUCGUAAAUUUGGCGUAAUUCGUAUUUUAUAUCUUUUUUGUAAAUAUAUUUCUUAAAUAAAUAUUUA